GUUGUGAUAAUAAUGUAUUUAUUUUCUCAUGCUGUUUUUUUCUCAGUCUGCAGAUCGUCACAACCGCCUGUUCAGAGGCUGAUGGCGAUGAGGAAGGACUUCAUUGAGGGGGUGAACGUCUCUGUCAUCGGAAGCCUGCUGGAUGACUUGCUGCAGAUCAGAGUGUUGAACGAUAGCGAGGUGGAGGCAGUGAAGCAGGGGGAGACCUGCACCAGUGCCAAGGCUCGCAACCUGAUCGACAUGGUGAGGAAGAAGGGGAGUGAAGCAAGCAAGGCACUGCUAUCCAAACUGGAGAAGAGGGACCCCAUGUUCUAUAAAUCACUUGAAACUGUUUAGUGCAAAUUGUUCAAUAUAUAGAAUUGACGAACACAAAACACAAACAAUGAAGGUCCGGCUGGGCAGUAGCCUUCAUGGAUCCUUUUCUCUGUUUUUAAUUUUAAAUUUCUCUCUCCUCUUCUCCGCUCUCGUUCCGCCUCCGAACACCCACCCGGAGUGCAGAGAGCUGCAGGUAUUUAUGCAGGUGACCAUCUCCCGAUUAGUAACAAAUUAAUCACUUAAUUAAUUCGGGAGAUGGCCACCUUCUACGUGAGGUUUUUAAUUGUGGAUGGGACUUCCCAUCCACGCUACAAAACACAAAAACAAAACAAAACCGCACGGCUAUCCCGUCAUUUACACAAACAUCAAUACAAAAACAAAACAAAACACACAGCGGUUCACCAUCAUAUUUAAAUACAUGAAUACAAUAAAUAAAUCAUAAGAAACAAACACAAAAUAAACUGCACAGGGGCGGAGGGGGAAACCCUGUUCUGAAAAUAAAGAAACAACACAUUUAAGCAGGGCUUUCCUACCACCCUGCUACACACAGCUUAAUAUCAUCUCCAUAGAAAAGAAUAAUACUCAAGGAAGUUCAACUUCGUUCAACCUCCAGCUUUGCAAAUUGCAUCAGUUUGAUUUCUUUUUUAACUACA